CGGGGCAGAGCGCGGUGGGAAGCUUGGUCCGCCUUCGCGGCCGCUGCUUCUGGGUCCGGCUCGGCCCUGGGCUUCUUUUUGCCACUUCGCGAUGGCCAGCCCGGGCGUGGCGCUAGAGUCUCCGCGGCAGCUGCUGGGCCGCGUGCGCUUCCUGGCGGAGGCGGCGCAAAGCCUCCGCGCCGGGCGGCCGCUGCCGGCGGCACUGGCUUUCGUGCCGCGCGAGGUGCUCUACAAGCUUUACAAGGACCCGGCGGGACCGUCGCGUGUGCUGCUGCCGGUGUGGGAGGCGGAGGGCCUGGGGCUGCGUGUGGGCGCCGCGGGCCCGGCCGCCGGUACCGGCUCCGGCCCGCUCCGCGCCGCCCGGGACAGCAUCGAGCUCCGGCGCGGCGCCUGCGUGCGCACCACGGGCGAGGAGCUGUGCAAUGGCCACGGGCUCUGGGUGAAGCUGACCAAGGAGCAGCUGGCAGAACACUUGGGCGACUGCGGGCUGGACGAAGGCUGGCUGCUGGUGUGCCGCCCGGCAGAGGGCGGGGCCCGCCUCGUACCCAUCGACACUCCCGACCACCUCCAGCGGCAGCAGCAGCUCUUCGGCGUGGACUACCGCCCGGUGCUCAGGUGGGAACAGGUGGUGGACCUGACAUACUCGCAUCGCCUGGGAUCGAGGCCUCAGCCAGCCGAGGCAUAUACGGAAGCUGUACAAAGGCUACUCUACGUGCCCCCGACGUGGACCUACGAGUGCGACGAGGACCUGAUCCACUUCUUGUAUGACCACCUGGGCAAGGAGGAUGAGAACCUGGGUAGCGUGAAGCAGUAUGUGGAGAGCAUAGACGUUUCCUCCUACACGGAGGAGUUCAAUGUGUCCUGCCUGACAGACAGCAACGCAGACACCUACUGGGAGAGCGACGGGUCCCAGUGCCAGCACUGGGUACGGCUUACCAUGAAAAAGGGCACCAUUGUCAAGAAGCUGCUACUGACAGUGGAUACCACAGAUGACAACUUUAUGCCUAAGCGGGUGGUGGUCUAUGGGGGCGAAGGGGACAACCUGAAGAAACUGAGUGACGUGAGCAUUGACGAGAGCCUGAUCGGGGAUGUCUGUGUCCUGGAGGACAUGACCGUCCACCUCCCUAUCAUCGAGAUCCGCAUCGUCGAGUGCCGAGAUGACGGGAUUGAUGUGCGUCUUCGAGGGGUCAAGAUCAAGUCAUCUAGACAGCGUGAACUAGGGUUGAAUGCAGACCUGUUCCAGCCAACUAGUCUGGUGCGAUAUCCACGCCUGGAAGGCACUGACCCGGAAGUACUGUACCGCAGAGCUGUUCUCUUACAGAGAUUCAUAAAGAUCCUAGACAGCGUCUUGCACCGCCUGGUACCUGCCUGGGACCACACGCUGGGCACCUUCAGUGAGAUUAAGCAAGUGAAGCAGUUACUGCUGUUGUCACGCCAGAGGCCGGGCCUGGUGGCCCAGUGCCUACGAGACUCAGAGAGCAGCAAGCCUAGCUUCAUGCCACGCCUGUACAUCAACCGGCGCCUUGCCAUGGAACACCGCGCCUGCCCCUUAAGGGACCCCGCCUGCAAGAACGCGGUCUUCACCCAGGUUUAUGAAGGCCUCAAGCCCUCUGACAAGUAUGAAAAGCCCCUGGACUACAGGUGGCCCAUGCGCUAUGACCAGUGGUGGGAGUGUAAAUUCAUUGCAGAAGGCAUCAUUGAUCAAGGGGGUGGUUUCCGGGAUAGCCUGGCAGACAUGUCAGAAGAGCUGUGCCCUAGCUCGGCGGACACCCCUCUGCCUCUGCCCUUCUUUGUGCGCACGGCCAACCAGGGCAAUGGCACUGGUGAGGCCCGGGACAUGUAUGUGCCCAACCCCUCCUGCCGAGACUUUGCCAAGUACGAGUGGAUCGGACAGCUCAUGGGGGCUGCCCUUCGGGGUAAGGAGUUCCUGGUCCUGGCUCUGCCUGGUUUUGUGUGGAAGCAGCUCUCUGGUGAGGAAGUGAGCUGGAGCAAGGACUUCCCAGCUGUGGACUCUGUGCUGGUGAAACUCCUGGAAGUGAUGGAAGGAAUGGACAAGGAGACAUUUGAGUUCAAAUUUGGGAAGGAGCUAACAUUCACCACUGUCCUGAGUGACCAGCAGGUGGUAGAGCUGAUCCCUGGGGGUGCAGGCAUCGUGGUGGGAUAUGAGGACCGUUCCCGUUUUAUCCAACUGGUGCAGAAAGCACGGCUAGAGGAGAGCAAGAAGCAGGUGGCAGCUAUGCAGGCAGGUCUGCUGAAGGUGGUGCCGCAGGCUGUGCUGGACUUGUUGACCUGGCAAGAGUUAGAGAAGAAGGUGUGCGGGGACCCAGAGGUCACCGUGGACGCUCUGCGCAAGCUCACCCGGUUUGAGGACUUCGAGCCAUCUGACAAACGCGUGCAGUAUUUCUGGGAGGCGCUGAACAACUUCACCAAUGAGGACCGGAGCCGCUUCCUGCGCUUUGUCACGGGCCGCAGCCGUCUGCCCGCACGGAUCUUCGUCUAUCCGGACAAGCUGGGCUACGAGACCACAGACGCGCUGCCUGAGUCUUCCACCUGCUCCAGCACCCUCUUCCUCCCGCACUAUGCCAGCGCCAAGGUGUGUGAGGAGAAGCUCCGCUACGCGGCGUACAACUGCGUGGCCAUCGACACCGACAUGAGCCCUUGGGAGGAGUGAGUUGGCACCAGGGGACAGCUGCGGGCCGGGCCGGCAGGACUGAGCCUACAUAGGUCCUACUCGGCCUCGCCCAGGGCAAAGACACCCUCCCUGGACCAGUUGGGGUCUGUGCUCCACUCUCGAUGUGAGCUGACUGCACUCAGAAGCCAGCACGCACCACCCCUGUAUGCGGUUGGAGUAGGGGUGGUGGGUUGACACUGGUGGCCCAGCCCCGCAAGCCGUUUGCGUGCUUGGGCUUGUUUCUCAAGUUGUCGAGAGGGAAUCUUCCACAAGCCCAGCACAAGCUGCCAGGCCGGAGCUACUUGAAGGGGAUCUUCUAGCUUCCCAUCCCAUGGACUUGGCUUCAGUUUUCAGCUCUUCCCUUUUUUCUUCUUGUUUUUCUCUGGCUUCUGCCUGGACUCAAAACUAAAAACUUUGGAGGGUGGUGGGGGUUCCUCCCCAAACAAGGCACCAGGGAUGGAUAGGAAGUUAUGGUCAUCCUCCUUGGUCAUCUGCCCCAAGAAUGAAGCAACAACUGAGUACCCCCUCCCUCACAUACUGGUCUUUUCCUCCUCUCCCUCCAUACCCAAGGUGUGAGCCCUGUCCUUCUUCGUCCAACCCAAUCUCAACUGACAAAGUGCCACCACUUUCCCUGGCUCAGAACCUACAUCUAUGUAACAUUAAAUCUUUACUGCCACUGCCACCACAGCAUAUUCAUCACUUCUGCAUCACCUCCAGCCUGAUUCCCCAUCUGCUAUCUCACCCCCAAGAUUGUGCACAGGUUAAGGCCAGUUAUGUC